AUGGUGUCCCCUGCCACAAACCACAAACCUCCAUCGUUAUCCAAUUACGGUCAAGCACGCUUCGUGCUUGAUGCAUCCGAUGUUCAGGCCGCGCGUGACUUGGGCCUGCUACGAGAUAACGUUGUCUUGGACUCGGAGCAAUUUACAGCUGAAAACUACGGUCUGGUGUGCAAGAAGCUACACGGAGCACAGUUUUUCGACCAAAACACUCCUGUUGAAAGUCUGGAAUGCCCGUUUUUCGUGAACGGUUUUAGAUUUAACAGGAAAUGGAAAGUGACGAAGAUGAAUUUGGCCCAUAACCACGUCAAGCAUGUUGAGUUUGCCCAAGCUCCCUGA